AUGGACGACUUCAACUUCGACUCUUUGGACCUGGGGUCACGACGGAAGCCCACCAACUGGGUUGCCGUGGCCCCGCCAAUGGUCUACCGAAACAAAAUAAAUCCCAACAAAAGAAACAAUGGACAAAGGCGAGCCUCAAAGCAAGAAGGCCAGAAGGGCCAGGUCCCAGGCCGGGGUGAUGCAGAGGAUGCCAGCACAGCCCAGAUGGCAGACCAGUCAACUGCAGACGUCACUGGCCAAUCAACUGCCUCUAGCUAUGACACGGCGGAGUUUGAAUCCAAGGCAGGUGGCAGAGCCGCGGCAAAGCUGGCAGAACCCUCAGCCAGCAUGCCUGCUGGGCCAAAGAAGAAGCCGUGGAGUGAAGGGACGAUCCAGGCACGCGCAGAGGAAGCCGUGAAGAGGGGUACCUCGGGGCAGACGUUGGAAUGGCUGGAGGCUGAGAGCGAUGAGGGCAAUGUGGAGUACAAACUGCGCCUGAAGGACCCCUCCACUAUGCGCUUCCAGCAGCUGGUGACGCAGAUGAAGUUCCGGCUGUCCGAGGGCAACGGCGAGUGCUUCUACUAUGUCGGGGUGGAGGAUGACGGGUACCCGAGGGGGCUGACCCCGGGGGACCUGGAGCAGUCGCUGACGACGCUGCGCGCGAUGGCGGCGGAGGUGCACGCCGCCUGCACGCUCGUGCGCACGCUGCCGGGCAGCAGCGACCGCUCCUGCGUCGUCGUCCGCGUGCACCGCAUCUGCCGCGACGAAGUCUCCUACACCGACCUCCGCAUCGCAGUGGCUGGGGCGGUGGAGAGCGGCAAGAGCACGCUGAUAGCAGUGCUGACGGACGGCGCGCGCGGGCGGCCGAUACUAGACAAUGGCCGCGGAUCGGCGCGAAUGGCCGUCUUCCGGCACAAGCACGAGAUUGAGAGCGGCCACACCAGCAGCAUCUCCCAGCACAUCCUGGGCUUUGACGAGGAGGGCGGCGUUCUCAACUACUCUGGUGUCGCCGCGCUCACCCCUGCCGAGAUCGCCUCCUCUGCCCGCAAGGUGCUGCGCUUCAUCGACAUGGGGGGCCACGAGAAGUAUCUGAAGACGGCGCUGUACGCGAUGACCAGCCUGCUGCCGGACUACAUGCUGCUCUGCGUCAGCGCCCGCUGCACCGGCGGCCACCUGCCUCGCGCCGCUCGCGAGCACCUGGCAGUCGCACUCGCCCUCGAAAUCCCUCUCGCUGUAGUCCUCACACAGGUGGAUGUGGCGGUGUCCAGCGCGGCAGAGGCAGUGAUAGGGCAGAUGCGCGAGGUGCUGACAGCAGCCGCAGCCGGUGCCGGCGUAGCCGACGGCCUGCCCGCCAAGCUGCACGCCACCGUGUUCCUGCCUCUGGUCUCCUCAGAAUCCCAGGCGGCCAUGCUGGCGCAUGAGGUGGCGGGACGCCGCAGCGGGGCGGCUGGCAGCGCGGACGCGCCCCCGGGCCUGCAGCGGCGCCUUACUGUGCCCCUUUUUGCGGUCUCCUCCGUUACGGGAUCCGGCAUUCCGCUGCUGCAUGCCUUCCUGUCUUCCCUGCGGCCGACCGUCUGCGACUCGGCAGCCCCAUCGGACCGAGGCUCUGGUGAGAGUGAGGGCAGCCAGUCGCACACUUCCGCCUCCUUCUUCGACCCAGACAUCAGCAAGUGCAGCGAUGCCUCCAGCGUCUUCAAUGUCUCCCUGGACGGGGAUAGCUGCAAGGGGCCGGAGGAGCCUGCAGCAAAACAGCCAUACGCCAUUAAAGAUACUGCCAAGCAGGCGCAAAGCCAGGAAGGCCACGCCCACUUCCAGGUGGACCAAACGUUUGAGGUGAGGGGCGUGGGCUGCGUGCUGUCGGGCACAGUGGUGGCCGGCCGCGUCACCCUGGGGCAGCAACUGCGGCUGGGGCCUGACGAUCAAGGUGCCUUCAAGGAUGUCACCGUCACAUGCAUACAGCGGGAGCAGCUGCCAGUCAAGAUGGUGCGGGCGAGGCAGCACGCAACGGUGGCGACUCACCCGGCCGAGAACAUGCCUUCGGCGCAGAGCAGGCCGGCGGCUGAGCCCAGCACGAGCGCCACAUCACUUGGACUGCAGGCAGCGCUGCCAACAGCGAGUGUGGCCAUUGGGCAGCAGGGCCCGCCCACAGACAAGCGUGAGGUGUUCCGGAUACCUUCGCCCUGCGGCGAGCAGGGAACGCCCCGGCUCAGCCCGCAGGGCAACCAGCGGCUGACUCAGUCUGACACACACAACGGCGCGCAACACCCGGCGCCCACAGUUGGUACACUGGACAUUAAGGCAGGCAAGGACAUUACAAAGGGCAAGACAGAUGGAUCUAGAUCUGGUAGUGAAAAGCAUAGGGGCAGCUGGAGUGGAACGAGGGCGGCGCAGCUCUGCCAGAAUGGCGAUGGGGGGUCGAUGGGGGGCAUGGGGACGGGCAUGAUGGAGGGGUUUGGCGUGGGCAGCUCGGCGCUGGAGUCGGCGCAGCCGGAGGAGUUUGGCGGGCUGCAGAUUGAGUGGGCCGCCGAGCGCAGUCGCUGGGCCCUGCGCUCCCAGUCUGCUCCCAGCCUCGUCGCCAGCUCAGCCCCCAACUCCAGAAAGGGGACGGUGCUGGUGGGGAUGGGGCUGCGGCCGCGGGCGGUGUGGCGGUUUAAGGCGGUGAUGGUGCUGGUGUCAGGCCACUGGCCUCCGCGCGGCCUCCUCUCCGGCUGCUGGCCCCCGCACUCCGCCAGCACCUCCGACCCAGACGGGGGCAGCGGUAGCGACACGUGCAGCGGGAGUUCCUUUGAUGCGUCUGGCAGCAGGGGCGCCUCCUGGGGCCGCCGCCGACUCAGGACUGCGUAUGCUCCGGUGGUGCACUGCGGCAGCGUGCGGCAGGCGGCCAGGGUGCUGCAGAUGAUGGAGCUGUGCCCCAGCAACAGCCCCGACGCGCGCGAGCUCCAGGGCUGCCGCCUCGCUCCCGCCGUCGCAGCCGCCGCCGCCCUGCUCUGCAGCCCCUCUGCCGGCGGUGCAGCGGCGCAGGUGAUGCGGUUUGGGACGCCCGAUGCGGACGUCAUGGGGCGUUCUCCGCCGCGGACGCACAGCAUGCCGCGCUGCGACUCGCCGGCCAGCUCUGACGAGGGCAGCCCCCACAGCCUGCCCACCACCUCCGUGUGGCCUGCCCGUCUGCCCGGUUCUGGCCUGGUGCUGGAGGGAGGUGCAGAAGAGGCAAAGCUGGCAGUGUGUGAGGCACCGGGCUGUGUGGCACGCGUGACAUUUGAGUUCUGCCAACGGCCGGAGUGGCUGCAGGAGGGGGCGCGCCUCAUUGUGCAUGACCGCACCGACAACUGCAUGUCUGGCGCUGGCAUCGUUGAGCGCCUGUUGGCUGGCCAGUGCCAUAAUGACUAA